AUGAAAGAUUCAACCAACCAGCCAGAUGAGAAGAGGUCGCACAGAGUAAAACCUGAUUUUCCCAUAAAGGCAGAUUAUGGAGGACUUUCAGCUUUCGGAGACGGCACAUACCUGGUUGCGAAAAUCCCGGCGGAGAUACGCGAGAAAAUGACUGAUGAUAACUUUUUGACAGCCUGCAACAAUACAAUUAAUAUAGAUGCCGUGAAGCGAAUUGGGCAGAUAUCUUUCAAAUAUUGGUACAUACACUACCGAGACCAUGAUAGUGCGAAACUGGAUGAGGGGAAGAUGCCAGUGUUCCCUAAAGAAUUAGGACUGAAAAGAGACACUGCCACGAGCUUACAUUUUUAUAUGACUGGAGGACUAAGUACAUUUUAUGUGGAUAGAAUAGGGCCAUAUACCGAUAUCGAGUUACAGCGACUGUUGGAAAAAAAAUUUCCUGGCGAGAAAUACUGGAUGGGCUCCAAAAUGCGUCUCUUUUCCUUCGAGUUGGGAGACUCUGGAGAAUACAUUGUCAGUUGCAAGGCGGUAAGACGAGGCCGAAAAUGUUGCCUCUGUCAGGGCGAGCAUGAAAAAGGAGCGGUUGAAUGUCCGUCUCUAGCCUCGAGUGACGACCACAUGGAAUUAAAGGGUCGGCUUAUCUUUCGACCCUGA